CCUUAGUUAUAUUCAAACUCUCCCAACGAACACAUUACAAUCUCCGUAAAAAUUGUUCGUUUUAUUUUGAAACAUUUUUUUUUAUUCCGAUUUGUACGAAAUUUUCGAGAAACUGCUUUUUUCCUUUUUUUUUUUUUUCUUAUUAAAGUACUGGCGAGUUAUAGAUUCGGAGGAUGAACAGACUUUCGGAACAGCUGGUCGAAUUCAAGUCAAAAUGCUCCGACUAUCGAAAUGUCGUGAAACUUAAUGUUUGGGGCAGUGACUUAGAUGACAUCAAGAUUUGCUUAGAGAUGCCGCGCUUGGAAAUACUGGCGCUCAGCGUUAACAAUAUAAAUUCGCUGAGCAGCCUCCAAAAUUGCCAUCGCCUAAAGGAGCUGUACAUACGCAAAAAUAAGAUCGCGAGCUUUGACGAACUCAACUAUCUAACUAAUGCCCGUUCGCUGACCUCGCUUUGGUUGGAGGACAAUCCAUGCACCCUGGAAGCUGGUGGCAACUACAGGGCCCAUGUGCUGCGAAAGCUGCCGCAGCUUAAAAUACUAGACAACGUGGAAGUCAGCCAACAGGAGGUGCAGGCCGCCCUCCGCAACGAGUCCGAACCGGAUCAGAAAAGUGCUAUCAGUGCCCCGGUGGCGGAGUCGGUGCCCUCAACUAGUGGCGCCAAGAUGAACCCCUGUCGCGAGCGGCUGGAGCGGGAACGGGAAUGGGAACGCGAGGAUGAGCGCCAGGAGGAGCGCCAGCGGGUGAAGAAGCUUGAACUGAAGAUGGAGCUGGAGCAGAAGGAGUGGAUGAGGGAGCGGAAACUGAUGGAGGAUCGGGAGCGCGAGCGCGAGCGAGAGAGGCGAUCUACAACAAGAUCUCCUGUUGAACCAGUCCGCCAGGACGACAGCGAUGCCAUGGCCAGUCCAUUCAGAGGCGAUGAUUUGGAUAUGGUGGGCAACUCCUUUUAUCCGAGGAAUGACAAGCUGCUGGAGCAGAAGGAGGAGCAGAAGCGGAUGAGGGAGGAGCGGGAGCGCGACUGGGAGCGCGAGCGGGAGCGAGAAUGGCGAUCUCCAACAAGAUCUCUUGUUCAACCAGUCAGCCAGGACGACAGCGAUGCCAUGGCCAGUCCAUUCAGAAGCGAUGAUUUGGAUAUGGUGGGCAACUCCUUUCAUCCGAGGAAUGACAUGCUGCUGGAGCAGAAGGAGGAGCAGAAGCGGAUGAGAGAGCGGAAACUGAUGGAGGAGCGUGAGCGCGAGCGGGAACGCGAGUGGGAGCGCGAGCGGGAGCGAGAGUGGCGAUCUACAACAAGACCUCUUGUUCGACCAGUCCGCCAGGACGACAGCGAUGCCAUGGCCAGUCCAUUCAGAAGCGAUGAUUUGGAUAUGGCGGGCAACUCCUUUCAUCCGAGGAAUGACAAUCUGCUGGCUGUCUCGUUGUUACUCAUCCGCAAUUUGGACGCAUCCUCACUGAAGGCGCUCGUCCAUGCCAUCCACCAGCAAAUGAGCACCAUGUCUUAUCCAAAUUAACGAAGUUUGCCAUUAUAAUAUAAAUAUGUUAAAAUUUAGUUUCGUUUCAAGGGAUAAAUCUUGAUAGGUCAGCGUAUUGCCAUAUUGGUGAACAUAAUGGUGACAUAUGCUACUUUCAUUUUUUUUGACCCUCGCAAAUAACUUAUACGUUCAAAUGUCAAUACAAUUAAAACAAUAAUAAUAAUGAUAAUAUAA